CAGACUGAACGGACAGAGUUGUGUUUGUGUAAAUUCAGGCAAAGAGGCAAAACAGCAGCAGAUAUGAGGUGCGCAGAUGCAGCUUCCUCUCUUCAAAACCAGACCACCACCGCUGACAACAGCGGGAAGGUCCCUGUGGAGCACCUGGACUAUGAUUACAUUAGAAAAUGCCAAGAUGUAAAAUACCUGGACAUGAUCUGGAGAGUACUGAGGUCUGGGGACGAGGGCAUUUAUCCUCAUCUGAUUGAGUUCUGUGAGAGUCACUUGGAGAAACUGGACCCUAUGAGCCUGGUUCUUAGGAAGGAAAAGCCUGUGGCCACAGCUGCUAGCCUCUCUAAUGAUGAGUGGAGCCAAAUUGUUGAUGAGUUAAAGAAGUGGCAAGAAGAAACCAAAGAGACUGAGACUUCAUUAAAACAGCAGUCAAUGUUUGAUGAGCUGGUGAAUACAAAUUUGCCACCUAUAAGAGGUUCCAAUCGUUCUUUUCCACUUAGUCAGACUUCAGUUCCAAAAGAAAAGAGGUAUUCUUCAAAACAUACCCUCCCACGUGAUUAUCGAGAAUGGGACAAGUUUGAUGUCGAAAAAGAAUGUGAAAGAAUCGAUGAAAAUUUGGUCAAAAAUGAUGCAUCUGUCAUUAUAAGCACUGGACACCCCAAACUCAAGACUAAAGUGGAUGCUUCAAUGCUGACACAACAGGAAAAGCUGCUUCUGGCAAAUUAUGAGAAGGACAAAGGCAAUGAAGCCUUCAGAGCAAAUGAUUAUGAGGAGGCUGUUGCAUACUAUUCCAGGAGCCUUUCCAUUAAACCAACUGUGACUGCAUACAACAACAGGGCACAGGCAGAGAUCAAUCUCAAAUACUGGCACAAUGCCAUGAGAGACUGUGUGAGGGUGCUGGAGCUGGAACCUGGCAAUAUGAAAGCCCUGCUACGUCGUGCCACUGUUUAUAAUCACAUGUGCAACUUCGAAAUGGCUGUUGAAGACCUGAGGGUGGUGCUAAAGGAAGAGCCGCAGAAUGCUGCAGCCACUCAACUUCUGUCUGAAACUGAGAAGAAGAGGAAGGAAUGUCAACCAGAGCAGCAAAGCAAAGGCAAAAAGAUCCUCAUCCAAGAAGUAGAAGAGGAAGAUGACAACAACAACAACGAAAAGACAAAAGCGGAAGACACAGCUCGUCCGGUUGAACCCAGCCAGCCUGUGGGAGGGGAGGAGAGCUCAGCUGCUCCUGCCGAAAGGGGAGACAUGGGUAACGCUCAAAAGAAGCCCCACAGCAGAGGGGACGGGGGUCCUCACAGUGAGUCCAACAACUCCCACCAUGGACACCGGAGAAGCAAAGGAGGAAGCUCUGACAAGUACAAAGUCACGCAGGAGUCCAAGGAAAAGGUAGCCAAUGGAACAAGCAAGAGGGGCUCGACAGCUUCAGUCCCGGCUGAUCAGAGCAACAGCGGUAAAGAAACUCCGGUUGGAGGAAAUGCAGGGGAAACUGUCAACCUUGAUGCCCCAUGUGGAGCCCUGCCCCCACCUCUGGCCAGGCUAAAGAAUGAAGGAAACCUGCUGUUUAAAAAUGGACAGUUUUCCGAUGCACUGGAGAAAUACUCGCAAGCCAUUCAAGGCUGUACAGAUUCAGGAAUUGAUAGUCCGGAGGAUCUAUGUAUUCUGUAUUCCAACAGAGCGGCUUGCUACUUUAAAGAUGGCAACAGUCAAGAGUGCAUACAGGACUGCACAAGAGCCCUGGAGCUGCAGUCCUUCUCCAUCAAGCCCCUCCUGCGCCGGGCCAUGGCUUAUGACUCCCUAGAGCGCUACCGUAAGGCCUACGUGGAUUACAAGACCGUGCUGCAGAUAGACAUCAGCGUGCAGGCAGCAAACGACAGCGUCAACAGGAUCACCCGGCUGCUGAUCGAGGAGGACGGCAUAGAGUGGAGAGAGAAACUUCCCGAUAUUCCUCUGGUACCUCUGUUGGCUCAGCAGCACCGUAGAGAGGAGCCGCCCAGUGCAGAGGUUCUCCAGGCUCGAGCAGAGAAGACAGUCAGAGAUGCAGAAAGGAAAGCAGAAGGCCGUUUUACAGCGUUGAAGCAAGAAGGGAAUGACUUUGUGAAGAAGGGCCAAUACCAGGAUGCAUUGGGGAAGUACACUGAAUGCCUUAAGCUGAAGCCAGAAGAGUGUGCUAUCUACACCAACAGAGCUCUGUGCUACUUGAAGAUGGAGAGGUGUACUGAGGCCAAGCAGGACUGUGAUGCAGCACUGAAAGUGGAGCCAACCAAUAAGAAGGCCUUCUACAGACGUGCCCUGGCCAAUAAAGGCCUCAAGGACUAUCUGGCGUGCAGCUCUGACCUGCAGGAGGUACUGCGGCAGGAUCCAAACGUGCAGGAGGCUGAGAAGGAGCUGGAGGAGGUCACAGCUCUGCUCAGAGAGAGUCUGGCCAAUGCCAAGGCAUUACCAGCCAAACCCAGAAAGACUGUCCCCAUCACAGAGGUUGAGGGUGACGAGGAAGCAACAGGCGUUGCUAACUCAGAGAGCAGUCACAGAGGAGAGGACAUCACCACCAACCUCCGGCCGACCGACGCCUACGAGUACGGCCAGGCUCUGAACGCAGCUCGCUGCAGCGGAAACACAGCGGCCUGCGCUGACCUGCUGGCCUCCACAACCCCGGAGACACUUCCCCAGUUCCUGAGUACCCAGCUGGAUGGAAACACCAUCAGCUUCAUCAUGCAGGCGCUGGACUCCCACCUCCUGGAGAAAGACCCCAACCUGGUCUAUCGACACCUCAACCAUCUGCACACCACCGACAGGUUCUCGGUUGUGUUGAUGCUGCUAGAGAAGGAAGAGCGUCGCCACAUGACUCAGCUGUUUGAGCAUCUGUCUGCUGUGCAGAGCACAGAGUUCACUAAGAACGAUGUUCAGAAUCUGGCCAACAAGUACAUCUGACCCUCCUGCCCCUGCUCCCUGCUGCAUGAGCGUCUGCACCACUACAGCUCUUGGAUCUAUGCAAAACACUGCACAAGAACUGAGUACACAACGGCAGGAAGCUGCAGAAUGUGCCCCGAAGCAAUCCAAUGGAACUGAGUCACAUUCACUCUACUGGGCCGGGCUGUAAAUUAACUGAUCACUGUAUGUUUAAGUGACAGUAUGGAAUAUAUUUUUCUCUCCAGAACAUUUUGCUAUGCAGAUUUACUUUUGUACCACCAUUUGCAUUGUACAACAGGCAGGCAGUGGGAUUAUAUGGACCUUUCGCUUUAGUGUAUUGAUAAAAAGGGUCCAAUGUACAAUGUUAUGCAAGGCUACAGGCAAGUGUUUCCCCAACAGGCAGGUGAGUUUGCUCAGGACUGGCUUAUGUUCCCUGAAAGGAGCUUCCUUGUUCCGGUCCUUAAACCCUGUCAGUCUUUUCAUAUCAGUCAUUUGAUAAGUGAGCUUCUGUCAGACACCAGCUGAGAUCAGAAAUGAUAUUCAGUGCUGGCUGAAUAUAGCCAGGGAACAUGUGGGGACAUUUGCCACUGAGAUAAUUAAGAAGUCCGUUGCUGUGGGUCAAAACCAUAAGAUACAGAAAGAGUUUUAUUAUGACCAUAUGCACUCUCUGGGGGAGAAGCCUGCAUGAUAUUUCAUUUCGCAGUAUGAAAAUAGUAUCUGUUGAACUGAUAUUCACUGACAAUGUUGUAGGAGAAAAUACAAUUUGUAAUCUUACAUGACUCAGAUGCUCUCCUUUGUUUAUUCAGCCAUAUAAUUAGCAGAUCACUCUCAAAGGCUGGUGUCUGUCUUUUCCAUAAGGGAUGACAUGAAGUCAUUCAACCUAUUUGUUUACCAAAUUAGCCUGAGAGCCGACGCACUUCUGCACAUUCAUGUUCAGCCAUGCAGAUGUGUACACACUGGAGAGAGCAGCAUCUUUGAGAUGUGUGCCUUAGAUUUCAGGCGAGAGGUGCAGAUACUCCCAAAGAGAGAGUAUAUUUGUGUCACUCAAUAGCUUUUAUCAAAAUGUUAAAUGGUUUGGAUUUUAUGCAUCAUAAAUCGUACAUAUAUUCACUUAGCUACAUGCACGUAAUUGUUUAAGAUGUCAUUUAUUUGCUCAUUUAAAGACAUUCUUUCAAUGUUAAGUAUUUAAUUAUUGAACAUUCCAGUCAUCCAAAAUUGAAGACUGCCUAAAUCCAAACCGUUCUUUGUUUUCAAAUGUUUUAACAGUUCUACAUGAAUGUACCAAAUUUAGUUGAGGGUAACAAGUUGGGGGGCGAGAGGCAAUAAUUUCACAUGUUCCAGUUUUUCUUCACUGUGGUUUUAACAUUAGAUUUCAGUAGAGAUGUAAUAAAAAUGUGUACAGUAUUCACAGAGGGCUAUUCAAUAAACUGGGAAAAAAUGGUUUCUUCUCUGUGCUAAGGUGAAAUUAAAUAGUUAAAUAAAAAUGGAAUACCCUAA